UCUUCCAGGUAUGGAUAACUUGAGGGACAUCAUCUCCUUUGGCUGGCAUAUCUACAGACAAUGUGAAGAGAUGAAAUACUGCCGGAAACAGUGUGAGCGUCUCAGGGACCGUGUUCACCACCUGCUGGAGUGUCUGGAAAAGCUUCAGGACCUAGGAGAAAAAAACCUGCCCACUGAGAUCACCAAUACCGUGUACCGUUUCCAGGCUGCCCUAGGAGAAGCUAAGAAGCAGAUAGAUAAGUAUAGCAAUAAAUCCAAUAUCCUUAAGUUUUUAACAGUAGAGAAGAACAAAAGGCUCUUUGAUGACAUAAACAAGAGUCUGAAAGAUAUCUGGGAGCAGCUUUCGCUUCAGCUUCAAACGCAUCAGUAUGUGCGUCUUUUAAGCAUCAACGCAACAGCUUGCUGGCAAGAAGAAGAUCAGCAGGAUGCAGAGGAAGACUGGAGGACCUUCCAAGGACUAAGUGAAAGCGAAAGUAUAGAAGCUUCACUGAGGCAAUGGGAAAACAUCACAAAACAAAUCAUCAAAACCAUGAGGCAAUACUUAGAGAAAUCCACUAAGAAGACCCCAGCAUAUCAAAUAAAGGAGAUUAAGAAGGAGGAGCUUUCAGGAUCCGAUUGGACCCUGCUAAGGAAAACUGAAUUCAGCACAUUUUAUAAAGGAAAAUACCACCAAUCUUCAGUGGCCAUAAAAGUAUUCAACAGCCCCCAGGCCAGAAGCACCGAAAUGGUGAGGCAAAUUUUCAAUAAUGAGAUCAGAACCAUGAGGAAAUUUGAUUCUCCCAACAUCCUGCGUAUGUUUGGGAUUUGCAUUGAUGAAGCAGUGACCCCACCUCAGUUUUCUAUCAUCAUGGAGUACUGUGAGCUUGGGACCCUGCGGGAACUGCUGGAUAUGAAAAAGGACCUCGAAAUCUCUGAGCGUAUCUUGCUGGUCUUGGGGGCAGCCAGAGGCUUGUACAGGAUGCACCAUUCAGAAACAACCGAACUCCACAGAAACAUCAGCAGCACAAGCUUCCUGGUAACUGAAGGCUACCAAGUCAAGCUUACAGGAUUUGAAUUGAGCAAAACACAGACUUCCAUCAGUCGAGAAAGAGAAAAGGGGAAAAAAGUAGAGAAAGUCAGACGCACCGCAUAUGUCUCACCUGAGAAACUGAAAAAUGUGUACAAUAAAUAUGACAUAAAAGAUGAAAUCUACAGCUUUGGAAUUGUCCUCUGGGAAAUUGCCACUGGGAAGAUCCCGUUUGAAGGCUGUGAUUCUCAGAUGAUUUACCAGCUGGUGGCUAUGGACCAGCACCAGGAGCCACUGGGUGAAGAUUGUCCUCCUCAAUUGCAGAAGAUCAUUGAUGAUUGCCGGGCAUUUGAGCCUGCCAGGCGGCCCUCUGUUAAUGAAAUCUUAGAGAAACUGUCUGUCUUUUACAAAAAUUGAAACUGAAACUAAAGGAUCCCUGGACAAGAAGCUGGAAGAGGUGCAAGCUGGGCAUCUUUCUCUCUCCAAUUCUUUUGGAGUUAUUUAUGGGUGCAGGGAGGCAGAAUUUCUCUGUUACAAAUAGAAAACAGUUCCAGUCAUACAGAGCACAUCCCACUCCAAAUGAUGUUGUCAAAAAUACACCUCUGGGGAAAAAAAAUACACCUCUGAUAGUAACUGUGACAGAUGUUUUACAAAAAUGUAUCUCUCUGUAUAUCCACACCUCUUGGCACUGUGACUUUGCAGCUCCUCCGAUCAAGAAGUGGAGUCUACACAUGACACUAAUAUAUUAUUGUGUCAGUUAUACUUCAAUUGAAAAAAAAAAAGGAGAGAUACUCUCUCCUGCAAAGUGAAAUGUUUACAGAUGAUGAAAUUAUAUAUCUCAGGUUUGAUUCAAAAUAACCUAGGGGAAAGGAGAAUAGUUAUAAAGAAAAAGAUAAAAUAAGAUUAGCGAUGAAUUGGUAACUGUUGAAUCUGGAUGAUGGGUACAUGGUGGUUCAUAUGCUCUUCUUUUCUGAAUAUGCUUAAAACUUUUCACAAUAAAAUGAUUUUUAAAAGAGAAAAAAGAAGUGGAGUCUACUUCCCCACCAUUUGAAUCUGGGCUGGCAUUGGCCAAUAAAAUGUAGACGUGAUGGUGUGCCGGUUCCAAGCCUAGGCUUCGAGAGGCUUUACAAACUCCCACUCCCUCUCUUGGAGCCCUAGCCAGGCAUGCACAAACUGGACUAGUGUGCUGGAAGAUGAGAGACCACAUGGAGCAGAGACAGCCUGUCCCAGCUGAGGUCAUACUAGACCAGCCAGCCCAGGAGCUGACCCAGUCACAUGAGAGAGUCCAAUCAAGCCCACACAGCUGAACCAGACCAAACUGCCCAUUCACAAAGUCAUGAUUUAAAUAAACCAUUGUUAUCUUAAGCCACUAAGUUUUGU